GAUAAUUACCUUGUGAUGAGCAUCUUAGCUUCACAAUACCGCAUGCUUACUGUACUCCGGGAAGUUGAGUCGUUUCUAAUAGUAGCGAAAAUGCCUUUGAUACGUAAGUUGGAAUUCGCUGUCGAACUUCGAAUGGCUAGGUUAUACGAUAUGACGAUGAGAGAGAUCGGCCCGAAUGCUGUAGAGGAGGGAUCAACAAAAUCACAUUUACUCAAAAUCAUUUCUGGAAUAUAUAUUGAUGAUGCACCAAAAAAAAAACAACGAGCUGCUUAA